AUGGCGCGGUAUCUCACACCCGCCAAAAUUGGCCUUUUAGCUCUGAUCGAGCUAUACGCGGACGAGGCCGUUACGGCCGAUGCCAUCCUCCCCGUCCUCUCUUUCAUAACCUCCCACCUCGUCGACACCGCCACCAACCUCAGCUCCUCACCAUGGCACAAAGCCGAACGCACCGCCAACCUCGUCACCGACAUCUACGAGUUUGAAAAGGUCUUAUCACCGCACCCCGUCGUCCUAGGGAUGCCGGGCCGUCGUCUCUGGGACAGCUUCCUCCAAAAGCUGUGGGACAUCAACUCUCUUGAUGCCAUGCACGAGUUCUUCUCGCGGCUGCGUCUCCUGCUGCAACCUACCAAGGAGGAGCUGCGCCGUAUCGCCCAGGAGACGGGGCAGAUGCCCGAACCUGAUGGCGGGAUCCGGCUCUGUAAGACGUCUAUUUUUGGAAUUUUCGUGAGGAGAUGUCAGUUGGAGUUUGCGCGGUUGAGGUUUCAUGACUCGGCGGAUUUGUGGAAGAGUUUUGUGAGGUAUCGCCAGCCGACGGCGCAGUAUCUCAAGAAGAAGAACCCGGCGUUCGAGAAGCUGAGCUUCGAUCAGGUCUUGUUGGUGGGCGAGUUGGAGGAUCCGGACUUUGAGGGGUUGGCGGCUGCUGUUUACGGGGAUGGGCUGGUGGGGAGCUCGUCAGCUGCCCUUCCGAUCAGCACUGAUGAUUUGGAGGGUUUACUCGAGUUUCAGGUCGAGCAGAUGCAGCAAUAUGGCAACCGCGUCCCACUUGAGACACGGCAGAAGCUGCAAGACUUAAUGCAGGACAGCUUGCUAACCCCAAGCGUAUCCCACUAUGUAAAAUUUCUCGAUAGUUGGAGAGCAGGUGACCUACCCAAUGCCUUCGACUAUCUCCACCGCUACUUCGACUACACCAUGCAAAACCGCGAUCGCCUCUUCUACCAAUACGCCCUAAUGAACCUCGCCGUCCUCCAAGCCGAGUUCGGCUGCUACGCCGAGGCCGUUGACGCCAUGCUCCAGACCGUGUCCACCGCCCGCGAGAACCGCGACAUGACCUGUCUCAACUUCGCCCUCAACUGGCUCUUCCACUUCGGCCGCGCCCACCCCAGUCUCGUCGCCCACAUCGACCCCGCGAGCACUCUCGGUUCUGCCAAGGAGACCCUCGCGUUCUUGCGUGUCCGCGCCAAGGAGACGGGCAUGUGGACGUUGUGGAGCUCCGUGCUUCUCAGCGAGGCGAAGCUCACCUUGUCGAAUGGCGAGAGUGUGGCUACGGCUCUGGAAAACGUCGUUCGGGCCUCGCAGGUUAUCGUUGAGCGCAAUGCCCGAAACAUGUUCGCGCCGCAUCUUAUGCUCGUCGCUUCGCUCUGGGAUCGUCUCGGUUUAUCAAACUUAUCCACCGUCACUUGCGAGGUAGCCCUCCGGGCACAUGCGCCCCAUGGUGUCUUCGAGGAUGAGUUACGCCUCACUUGCAAACUUGCCAUGGAUCUAGCCGGUCGUGGGCGCUACGAUGACGCUCUCCGGCUCCUAGAUGACAAGCUCAACCCCGAUGGCACCUUAGUAACAACAUCAACCACUACGCCCUCCGCCUCGGCAGCACCACAUACCCUACGCGCCGGGAAACCCCAGCAAUACUGGCGCAAAUACCGCGGCAUAAUCAAACUCCGCCGCGACCUCGCCCGCUCCGACCUCGACGGCGCCUCCGACCUCCUCUCCCAACUCCUCCAGUCCAAAUUCGACGAUCUAGAACCAGACAUGGCGCUUUCCAUCGACCUCCUACACGUCGACUACCUCACCCGCCUCGGCGACCUCCCCCGCGCAUUUUCCCUCGUCGAGGAUCUCCUCGCCCGCACGUCAGACGAAAUCCCCCCCGCGCAACCCACCGACUCGACUACCACAACCCCUACGCCGGACAUCGCGUUCCGCAUCCGCCUCCUCCUCGCUAAAGCAAACCUCUACAUCAGAUCCAACCACCCAACCCGCGCCUUCUCCCUCGCGACACGCGCCGCCUCGCUAGCGCACCGCUCCCGCCUCCUCCCCCUACUCUGGCACUCCGUCGCCUCCCUCUCCUCCAUCCUAACCUCACUAUCUGAAUUCUCCGCCUCCUCCCGCCUCCUAUGCGCCGCCCUGCCCCGCGCGCUCGAAUACGACGACACACACCUCGCAGCCACGCUGUACGCCUCCCUCGCCGACGCAGAGAUGGGAUUAGCCGGCCAGGCUGCCCCCGGUUCGCGCACCCGCACGGAACAUCUUACCAGGGCCAACGACGCCCUCGACAGGGCCUUUGCGUACUUUGCCGAGGUGGAGGAGAGUGUGAGGGCGAGGGAGGUCAUUGCGAAGCGGGCGGCCGUUAUGAAGGUUUUGGGCGAGAAGGCGUUGGCGGCGCAGUAUUCGGCCAAGUAUGUGGCUUUGGUGGAGAGGGAGGAGGCGAGGAGGAAGGGGAGCGGGGUGGAAGUGGUUGGGAGGAGUUCGGGACUUUUUACUACUUGA